AUGGCCAUUGCAAACGUCGACAAGCAGAGAUUGGUUGUCUUUGAUACCAGCCUGAGAGAUGGCGAACAGUCUCCUGGAGUAUCUCUCAAUACGGAUGAAAAGAUCGUCAUUGCCAAGCAACUUUCUCGCCUUGGUGUCGAUGUCAUUGAAGCUGGUUUCCCUAUUGCUUCUAUUGGUGACUUUGAAGCUGUCCAACGCAUCGCAAGAGAGGUGGGCCCUUUGAUGGAAGGUCGUGAGCACAUUGGUGAGCCUAUCACGAUUUGUGGUCUUGCACGAGCUACUCCUGGUGAUAUCAAGCGAUGUGCUGAAGCUAUUGCUGAUGCACCCCGUCGUCGUAUUCACACCUUCCUUGCUACCUCUGAUAUUCAUUUGAAACACAAGCUCAAGAUUGAUCGUGACGAAUGCAUCAAGCGUGCUGUGGAGGCUGUGACACUUGCUCGUUCUUUUGUUGACGACGUUGAAUUUUCCUGUGAGGAUGCAGGUCGCUCUGAUCCUGAAUUUUUGUGCAAAGUGCUUGGCGAGGUGAUUGCUGCUGGUGCCACAACGCUCAACAUUCCUGACACUGUGGGCUAUAAUCUACCAGAGGAAUAUGGUGCCUUGAUCAAGCAUUUGGUUGAGAAUACGCCUGGUGCUGAUAAGGUGACUUUCUCCACUCACUGCCACAAUGACUUGGGUCUUGCAACAGCCAACACAUUGGCAGGUAUUAAGAAUGGAGCACGACAAGUGGAGGUUACUAUCAAUGGCAUUGGUGAAAGAGCUGGCAACACUGCAAUGGAGGAAGUGAUUAUGGCAGUACACACCCACCCCACCGGAUUCCCAGUGUAUCACAACAUCAACACAAGACUUAUCUACCCCACAUCUGUACUUGUCUCCGAUCUCAGCGGCAUGGUCGUUCAACCCAACAAGGCUAUUGUGGGUCGCAACGCUUUCUUGCAUGAAUCUGGUAUUCAUCAGGAUGGUGUUCUCAAGAACCGUCAAACGUAUGAGAUCAUCAGCGCUGAGACUGUGGGCGUUACCGAUAUCGCCCUUGUUCUUGGCAAGCACUCAGGCCGCAAUGCUUUCCGUGAACGUUGCAAGGAAUUGGGUUACGCCACCAUCAAUGAAGAAGAGUUCCAAAAGGCAUUUGUUGACUUCAAGACCCUUUGUGACAAGAAAAAGAACAUUGACAAUGAUGAUAUUCUCUCCAUCCUCAGCAAUUACAAUACCAAGCCAAGCUCUCAUGUUGAAUUGUAA